UUUUAUUUUGAUAUUUUCAUUGAUUUUGAACCAAUAAUCAUUACUAAGUGUUGUGAAUUAAGCGACAUAAAAGAGAAACAAUGGCACAAUCAAAUCGUAUAUGCUGAAACAAGAUCCUUCUGGUCGCUAUGGACGGUUUAGAGAAAUUCUAGGCAAAGGAGCCAUGAAGACAGUAUAUAAAGGGUUUGAUGAAGUUCUUGGAAUUGAAGUGGCUUGGAACCAAGUCUACCUCAAAGAUGUCUUCCAUUCCCCUGAAGAACUACAACGUCUAUACUCAGAAGUUCAUCUUCUCAAGAACCUCGAUCAUGACUCGAUCAUCCGAUUCCACGCUUCUUGGAUCGAUACUCAUCAUCGAACGUUCAACUUCAUCACCGAAAUGUUCACCUCCGGCACCCUUAGAGAGUACCGACAAAAGUAUCGAAACAUCGACAUCGACGCCAUCAAGAAUUGGGCUCGUCAAAUCCUACACGGCCUGGUUUAUCUUCAUGGACAUAAUCCACCCGUAAUCCAUAGAGACCUCAAAUGUGAUAACCUGUUCAUUAAUGGCCAUCUUGGACAAGUUAAAAUUGGUGACCUAGGACUCGCAACGAUCCUUCAUGAUUCUCAACAUGCCCAUAGUGUCAUAGGUACACCAGAGUUUAUGGCACCAGAGCUUUAUGAUGAGGAAUAUAAUGAGCUUGUGGAUGUUUAUUCAUUUGGAAUGUGCGUAAUUGAGAUGCUUACUUUAGAGUAUCCUUAUAGCGAGUGCUCUAACCCUGCUCAGAUUUACAAGAAAGUCACUUCAGGAAAAUUGCCUAAUGCAUUCUAUAAGAUCAAAGACUUUGAGGCUCAAAGAUUUGUGAGAAAAUGCUUGGAGAAUGUUUCAAAGAGAGUGCCUGCUAGAGAGCUCUUGUUUGAUCCAUUUCUUGCACCUUCCAACAACAACAAUGGCAGCUCUGAUAAUGAAGACUUAUUGUCUUCAUCUCUUUCUCCAAAGAAAUCAAUGGCAAGAAGAACAGACAUGGCCAUUUCUGGAUCAAUGAAUCCCGAGGAUGAUUCAAUUUUUCUAAAAGUACAGAUCAAAGUGACGAAUGGUAAAUCUAAGAAUGUAUAUUUUGCAUUCGACCCCAUAAACGACACUGCAAUCGACGUUGCGACCGAGAUGGUUAAGGAGUUGGAAAUUAUUAGUGAUUGGGAUCCAUUGGAGAUAGCUGUGAUGAUAAAGAAGGAGAUAUCCACAUUGAUUCCAGAUUGGGAGGAAUGGAAGUUACCCAAAAACCACCAUCAAGAUAGUUUCAACUACGAACAAGACGACAACGACGAUAACGACAAUGACGAUGACGACAAAAACUUUGAAACGCCACAUCCUUUCUACUGUUGCUCCUCUCAUGGUUCCUCCUCAAAUUCUCUUCAGGAUUUCUAUUCUUUCUAUGAGAACCCAAAUCAUCAUUUUGGAGGAACGAAGGAGACUUCUACCACCGAAUGGUUUCAAGAGGAUAUUCUCAAUAUUGAUGAUGAUACAAGUUCUAGUUGCUCUCUCAAUUCCUUCAAUUACUCUGAUAUAAGCUUUUACUCAAACAAUGAAGAUGAGCAUGACUCAAAUAUCAAAGGAAGAGAGCCUCAAUACAUCUCAACAACCAAGCAACCUACAAGAUUUUGUCCAAUCAUGAAGAUGGUCGAUCGAGAAAUAAUCAAGAGUCAAUCUCGAUCAAAUAACUCACAUAGACUUACGAGGGUGAAAUCGAUGGUGAACCUCCGUAGCGAGACGUUGCAUCGGUCCUUAAUAGAGAUGUUGUUGAAGAAGCGCUUGUUCAAUACGGUGGGUGCAAUGGAGAAUAUUGGAUACCAAGAGCCAUAGCAAACUAAUAUUAGUCUGUGCUCAAGUUUCCAUGAAUUAAUAUUUCAAUGGGGCUUGAGGAUUUGUGUAUAAAUAAAUGAAAAGGAAACUGAAAUGUGUUUUGGGCUUGUAUUUGUUUUGCAUUUGUAAAAUGUGUAAAACAUAAAAGCCAUGGAUAUAUAUGAUUGAAUAGU